CUUGGCUUCUCUGCAACUCUGACUGACCAUGGAGCCGCCGCCGCCGCCGAUGACACGCGCUCCGCCGGCGCUAGCGGACGAGCUCGUGGAGGAGAUCCUCCUCCGCUCCCCGCAGGACGACCCCGCGCGCCUCGUCCGCGCCGCGCUCGUCUGCAAGCGCUGGUGCCGCCUCGUCACGGGCCCCGCCUUCCGCCGCCGCUUCCGCGGCCUCCACCGCCGCCCCGCCCCGAUGCUGGGCUUCCUCUGCAACGAAGUGCCACGCGCCGGCGCUGAUGACGCCUGCUCCGCCCGCUUCGUCCGCACCGCGGCCUCGUGCCCGCCCAUCGCCGCCCGCUGCGGCUGGCACGCGCUCGACGCCCGCGCCGGCCGCGUCCUCCUCCACCGAGCCGCCGCCGCGGCUCCCGCGCAGGCGGCGGUCCGACUCGCCGUCUGGGACCCGCUCGCCGCCGGCGACCGCGGCCACAUCGAGCUGCCCGCCCCCGCGCUGCCGCGGCGCCUGCGGAGCUGGAACGCCGCGCUGCUCUGCGAGGACGACCCGGACGGGCCCUUCCGCGUCGUCCUCGUGGGCACGGACGCCCAGGGGACCUUCGCCUGCGUCUACUCGUCGCUCGAGCCCGCUGCGUGGAGCGAGCCGGCGGCCUACGCGCGUGGAGCGAGCCGGCUUACGAGCGGGGUUGGCGGCGACCACGUCGACGCGGUGCGCGGCGCCCUCGUCGGGGACGCGCUCUACUUCGUCUGCCAGAGGAGGACCAGGGUCCUCAGGUACGACCUCGGCACGCGCGCCAUGUCCGUGGUGCACCUGCCUCCGGCGCCCCAUAACCAGCGCAUCGCCCUCACCACGACGGAGGACGGCGGCCUGGGGUUCGCGAGGAUGGAGGGCUACAGGCUCUGCCUCUGGUCCGUGGAGGCUAACCUGGAAUGGACACGAGGCAGAGUGAUUGACCUCAGGACGCUGCUCCCCGUCAUCGAUUUGCUUGGAUUCGCCCAUGGGCUGGGCAUCAUCUUGGUGGGGACGGUGGAUGGCUUCUUCUCCGUGGAUCGGAAGUCUGGCCGGAUCAACAAGGUGGGAGACGGCCCUGGCUUCUACAAUGUUGUUCCCUACGUGAGCUUCUACACUCCAGCACUGCGAACGGCAUCUAGAGAUGAGGGAUCAAGUGCGAAUGCAUGAAAAGGAAGGGAAUGGUCUCUCGCUCCUAGAUCAACAAGGAGCGGAGCGCUCUCUACUUGGUCUUCUUCCAGAGGACUGGUCCGGGCCUCCGGCACCUCCAUUAACCAUUAGGCACAGGCUACCGUCAUCGACAGUGGAGGCGUCCUACAAUUACAAUGGACACAGAGCACACCCUGCCAUUGACCCCAAGACGCUGCUCCUCUCCUCUGCAAUGUAAUGCAUGCAGCCGUCUUGGUCUGCUGGCUACUCCAUCGUAGAUGCUUCAUUGAUCAUAAGUUACAAGUACUAGCUUGCCUUGCCUGUAAGAUUAAGAUUGUAAUCCAAGCAGGUCCGAGAAGCGUAUCCUAUCCUACUCUCCGUUUGGUUGGGAAUGGACACAGCUCCCUUCUGUCUUAUUAAGCAGUGUAGGAAAAUGAGCAUGUCAAAGCAAAAGGCACUGCAAUUUCCUUCCUACACCCUAUAUAUAAUAUAUGGCGGUACUCCAACAGCUCGUUGGUUCAA